CUUUCUCAAUGCGAGUUCAAAUCCUACGAUCAUUAAAUAACUUUGAGUACGGAGUGAAGUUUCCACUCCAUAAGUGUGGGUCAGGUUCAUUGGGCGCACAAUUGCCCUCGUCCAUAUUACGGAUAUGCAAGCACUCGUCGAUGCAGGCGGUCAUAGGACAGCGGCGUGCAUUAUAUUACUUAGAGUUGCAAGGUUCUCUCUGUCUCUAUUUCUCUAUAACUUCGUCGCGCGUAAUAGAUAGGCCAGGACUAUUAGGGGAGUAGCGGCUAGACGACGGGAGCCAUCAGUUACAGUGGAGUUACAGUGGAGUUCCGUGUCGUUGAUGAUACUGUGGAAGCGUCGAUAGUACAUCACCAAUACUCGCACGUUAAAUACACAAGAGUAUAAAAUGUCAGAACGAAGGAUGAUGGCUUGUUUGAUGAUCAUGGGACUGCUGAUGCUGUUCUGCUGUCAUGAGAUUUUUGCCAGACGAGGUAGGGCUAGGAGUAGGAGCAAGUCGAGGGUGCAAAUCGGCCUACCUAUCACUGGAAAAUAUCGCGAUCCCGAAAGUGACCAAUACUACAAUAAUCAGCACGGGGCCAAAAUUUUACUAGCUUCGCACUUUGAUUUGGAGUACGUUCUUGGCCACAAGAUAGCUUUCCUGUGCGUCGCCCGAGGUACCCCCCGACCCCACAUCACCUGGUACAAAGACGGCAACGAAAUAUACACCCACCUAUACUUGCACGUGCACGAGUGGCAGAUGGGCAAGGAUAAGGUAAAAUCGAAGCUCGAAAUCGAUCCAGCGACGCAAAUGGACGCCGGCGUUUACGAAUGCACAGCCGAUAAUAUGUACAGUAUCGACCGGAGAUCCUUCAAGACUGACUUCUCCAUUGCCUUCGAUUAACCCUUACAUUGCAUAGAUUUAUAACGAUCAAACAUCUUAUUGCAAAAAGGCUCUCUCUCUCUC